AUGUUCUUCGAUUUCUCUUCCACCAUGCUUGAUGACGAAUACGAACAAUCUGAUGAUCGCCACAGCCCCUUGCUCUGUUGCAGCAGCGCAUCUACUCUGUGCGAUCUUGAUGUCCCCUCUGUGACCCCUGCGUAUGCGGUCGUCUCCGGCAAUUUGACUCAAGUACGGGAGUUGGCAGCUACUGGCGCAUAUACUCGUCCGUCUGAUGCAUGGACAAUUUAUGAGGCGUGUACCCAAGGAAGUCUCAUGAUUCGGGCACUCUCUGCGAAUAUUGCGAUAGAUUUGAAUCCAGUUGUACUGGGCCAAAUGGGCGAUCGAGUGUUUCACUUCCUCCUUCGCACCUCACCUACCCGUUUUUUUGGUGGAAAGCUAGAGAUCAUCAAGCAGCUUCUGAAGAAUGGCGUAGAUCCCUUGGAGCCCGAUCGGUUCGGGAACACGGCCCUCCAUAUCAUAGCUGAAAUGCCAGCAUACCAAGAGAGUUUCCAACUCAUGGAGCUCCUGCUCGGGGACGAGGCACCCAUAGUGACCCGCACUUCGUGCCUAUCUAAUAUCGACCGCCGGAACGGUCUUUACGAAGUGGCAGAGUACGGUGAUACCGCUCUGCAUGUGGCCGUCCUUCACAACAACGAGGCCUGUACAAAAUUACUCUUGGAAAGUGGAGCUAGCCCUCACAUCACUGGCUUAUCGAAUCAGACCCCUCUCUCCUUGGCGACAGCAGGAAACUGUUUUGGCAUUGUCCACCUUCUUCUGGAGCAUGGCGCAACUGUGGAGCCGGACGAGGUAGUGUCACCGGCGAUGAGGGCGGAAUUGUCUCUUCCUAAGCAUCAAGUGAUUGGUCGGUAG